ACUGCGCAACUAUGGGAUGAGUUCACUCUUUAUGUUAAGAACGUAAUAGCUACAUCUGAGAAUGGCCCUUUUAAAACAUAAAGCCGUAAAAUGAUGUGCACGAGCACUUUCUUCAACUAACGCUACACAAGCAAAACAGGAAGUGAUAGAGAGUGGUGACGAAAGCGCGUGAACGCGUACAUGGAUCAGAGGCCAAAGAUCGUGUUAUUUUAGUUGGAUUAUAUUGGUGUUGUUGCAAUGAGACUGCUGUGUGGCUCACUGCUCAGUUUGAGGAGAUUCAAUGCUGUGUUCUGUACAGGGACAAUAAGAAGAGCCACAAGCUCAGCCACCAUGAGACUAGUCCAGUUCUGCCAUGCAGGAGAUGAGGGGCGUGUCAGAGUCGGGGUGGAGCAAGCAGGAGGUCAGGGGGUCAUUGAUCUGAAAGAUUUUGACCCCUCAAUACCUUCCACAAUGAGAGAGUUUCUAGAGAUGGGGCAAAGUGGAAUGGAUUGUGCUGAGAGGGCUUUGUCUAGCGGUCAGUGUGUCGUGCCACGGUCAGAUAUCAGGUUGCUCGCGCCAGUCACUCGCCCGGAGAAGGUGGUGUGUGUGGGUAUGAACUACAGAGACCACUGUCUGGAGCAGAACGCCCCGAUUCCAAAAGAGCCCAUUAUAUUCAGCAAGUUCCCCUCCACCAUCACUGGUCCUUUUGAUGAUAUAAUACUACCAGAGGAGAGUACGGAAGUGGACUGGGAGGUGGAGUUGGCCUUCGUGAUUGGACGAAAAGGAAAGCAUAUUAAGGAAGAAGACGCCCUGUCCUAUGUUGCAGGUUUUACAGUAGCAAAUGAUGUCAGCGCUCGGGAUUGGCAGAUGAGAAGGAACGGGAAGCAAUGGCUGCUGGGUAAAACAUUUGACACAUUUUGUCCCCUCGGGCCAGCGAUCGUCACCACUGCAUCACUGAAAGAUGUUCAUAAUCUGGGUAUCCGCUGUCUGGUGAAUGGAGCUGUAGUUCAGGACAGUAACACCAGUCAACUGAUCUUUCAGACACAGAAGCUGGUGGCAUGGGUCUCACGGUUUGUGACUCUCUGUCCAGGGGACGUGUUUCUGACCGGAACACCUCCAGGUGUGGGGGUCUUUAGAAAUCCACCUGUCUUUUUAAAGAGAGGAGAUGUUGUGGAGUGUCAGAUUGAUGAGAUCGGCUCUAUAAAGAACCAAGUGGUGUAACUGGAAGAUCUCAUAGUUCCUUUAUAAACAUCAACCUAAGUGCCUUCAUAUCUAUUAUCAUAUCAUUCAAAAUUGCACCAUUAUCUCAACUACUUCAAUAGGAUGUAAACAUUUUUUUUAUUUUGCUGUGUUUUACAUUUAUGAUUUAUCUGCGAGUUAUACAUGUUGACUGAAUCUGGCUUAUAAGUACAUUGUACCGUCUCCUAUUUUUGAAUCUAAUGUAUUCAGCAAUUGGCCUUAAAGGGAUAGUUCACCCAAAAAUGAACAAUUCUGUCAUCAUUUACUCAACCCCAAGUUGUUCUAAAUCUAUAUGAAUGUCUUUGUUCUGAUGGACACCGAGAAUGAUAUUUGGAAAAAUACUUAAAACUAAACAGUUCUUGGACCCUAUUGACUACCAAAUUAGAAAAAAAUGUUCUGUUGAACACAAAAUGAGACAUUUUGAAGAAUGUAAGAGUUCUGGAGCACUUUUGACUAAAAUUGUUGUUUUUCCUACUAUGAUAGUCAAUGGGGUCCAAGAACAUUUUGGUUAGGUUACAAGCAUUCUUCCAAAUAUCUUUCUUUUUACAGAUUUGAAACAACUAGAGAGUAAUUCAUGACAGAAUUUUCAUUUUGGGGUGAAUUAUCCCUUUAAAAAUGUGAUACAGAAUGCAAUCCUAUUCUCCAGCAGAUGGCAUUGUUAACCUACAUUGUUCACAUUAGCCAUCCUCAUUUCUGUGUAGUUUGAACUAAGCUUGUUUCCCAGAAUAAAAAUUCAAGUCUUUCAAAA